UUGACGGGGAGUGGUUGUUGUGCCUUUAGUUUGUCGUUAAUUUAACUAGUUUAUUUAUCGUUUGAAUUGUUGCACAAUAUUGCUGUACACAUUCGGACUUCGGUGGCUUUAACGGGAAGAAGAUGAAGUCCUGGCAAAUAGCUGUGCUGGCGCUGGCUGCUGUUUACUUUUGCAGCCAAGUGAGCUUUGUGGCUGGUCUGGAGUGUUAUGUGUGCUCGAAUCAGACGGGAAAUACGGAAAAAUGCUUGAAUACGAUCAAAACUUGCGAGUCCUUCGAAAACACCUGUGGCACAGAGAUUCGCUGGGGUAGUCAGCCCUAUUUCUCGGAAGGAGCGCUAAAGCAGUACUACGUCUCGAAGCGUUGCAUGACGAAGGAGCAGUGUCAGUCCAAACGCCGACGCUAUAUGCAGCUGUACUGCACACACAUUUGGUAUGAGGACUGGGCAUGCCACGAAUGCUGUCAGGGCGAUCGCUGCAAUUACUUCGUUAUUAGCGCUGCUUCGUCCCGUUACCAAAGCAUAUUGUUGUUGGCCACGUUGCUUACCGGUGGCCUCUUAAUUAAGUCCCGAAUUUCUAUAUAGGAUUUGUUCAGUUGUGACAAUAAGCAGAAGUAACAAACAACCUCAUAAUUUCUCUCAACGCACAUUCCAAUGCGCACAUACAAACAUGUGUAAGUACAAGGACAAUGCACAUACAUGAGCUUGUCCACCGUCCUGCGUCCAUUUCUCCUACAUAUAUGUAUGUAUUUGUAAUUUCUAUCCGUCCAAGUGCCCUUAACCGACAAAGUGUUUGCAACGUUGCAAAGUCUUUUUUAUAUCAUUUUUAGUCUACGUAAUUGUUAAGACUCGAAUAUUUAAAACGCCCCUUUUUGGCAAAAAAAUUGAUCGGAGUCCGUCCAAUAAAGCAAUAUUUUAGCGUUUUGUUUGACGCUCAAUUGUA